UCGAUAGAUUUUUUAUGAAAUUUCAUAAUCCUUGAAAGCUCGUUACUACCGAAUGAACAAGUAGCAAAGUGAAUUAUAGAAAGAUUGAAAAAAAAAAAAAAAAAAAAAAUGUUAAGCAAAAUGGGAAUAGGAUUAAUGGAUCGUCUGACGACUUUCGAACCGAGUUGCUUCGAGUACUACGAUCAUCCAACCCCUUUUGGGGGUCUUUUGAUGCGGUCGAAACGAUCGACGACGAACUAUGCGCUAUCAAAUUCAUCGAGCAAUUAUUCAAAUAUGAGUUACGAGUACUGGGACAGCGAUGAGGAAUCGGGCUGCAACGCGGUGUUCUUUUUGCUCGAUUUUUUUCAUGCUUACUACAUUCCUUUUAUCAUAUUAUUGGGUUUCGUUGGUAACUUAUUAUCGUGCGUGGUUUUUCUGAAUACGCAUUUAAAGAUGCGGAGUUCGAGCUAUUAUCUGGCCGCGUUGGCGACUGCAGAUUUUGGAUUUUUGGUAGCUCUCCUUUGCGUGUGGCUCAACGGCGCAGUUGGGUGGCGAGUUUUCAACAAGGACGGUUGGUGCGAGAUACUUGUGUACAUAAGCGCCGUUUGUAGCUCGCUCAGCGUAUGGCUCAUCGUGGCGUUUACGGUUGAAAGAUUCAUAGCCGUACAAUACCCACUUCACCGACCGCACAUGUGUACAAUAGCGCGAGCAAAAACGAUCGUACUUGCUCUCGUUGUCGCCGCUUUCACUCUUCACUCUUACGCAUUUUUUACCGCUGGCGUUGUGCAUAAGGACGGCCACGAUAUUUGCGACCUUAAGAUCGAAUGGUGGGAAGUUAUGAGAAUAAUAAGUAUCAUCGACAGCAUAGCCAGCCUCAUCGUUCCUCUCGUACUCAUCGUUACUAUGAAUACUAUGAUAACGAGAAAUCUACUCAGCUUCAGCAGAAGAUUUAGACACUCCCCGGAAGAAUCGAAUCAUUGUCCGAGUCGCGACAGAUCUGACUCUAAUCUCAAUCGAAUGCCGAGCGGAAGUAGCAGCAACAACGGAGUUGUCAACAUACCGAUGGGUAUUAUCGGAGCCCGCAAACAGCUCUCGCAACAAUCAUUCCAGUCUUCAAAGAACAACCAUUCUCGAAAUCAGCCAUCGCCUGGAACACCGAUCCCUUCGACACCCAGAAAUGCUCAACAAGUACCGGAAAUAUCCAUGAGAUGUAUACACAUUAGAUCCUCGUCGAGAAAUCUCGUCUCGACUAGAAAUCAGCAGAGCAUUACGAAAAUGUUACUCCUCAUCAGCACUGUUUUCAUUCUGCUCAAUUUGCCAAGUUACGUGAUACGACUCUGCGUAUUUUUCUUCACAUUGGCGCGCAAGGAAACUCCGGCAUUGCUAUGGUGUUUGCAACAAUUUUUUAUGCUCUUAUACUACACAAACUUCAGCAUUAAUUUUCUACUUUACGCCAUGUGUGGAAUUACGUUUCGUCGAUGUUUGGAUCAACUGUUACGCAAAACAUUCAAGAGCAUUACCAGAUACCUCGGAAAGAAGAUUAGAAGAGUUUCGGAAAGUUCAUGAAUUUCUAAAGACUGAUGGAAAAGGAUAGCCGGAUGAAAUCAAAGCUCAUACUUAAUACCGAGGAAAAACAUUUCCAUUCAUUGACCCUCGUACGUUGAGUCUGUGUACGUCUCGGUCAUGAUAUUGUAUAUAUAAAUAUAUUCAUAUAAGCCAGUUGGAGCAGUUAUCAACUUUAUGUUUAGCAAUUUACAAUAAAUCGCUUUGAAAACGUAGAGUAGAAUGGCAAACUUUUUUUAAUUAUUUUUUUUUGUCAGAAACAGUGCCAUCUCGUUGCAUAUAUAUUUGUACAUAAAUUUUACUAUUUUAAAUUAUUAUAUUAAAUUUUUAAUAUUGUUUUGUCUAGAUUUAUGUAAAUUAAUAUAAAUUUUGGGACACACUGGCUCCUAAAAAUUUGAAAUAUUGAAAAAAAAAACAACGUCUUUGAAGUCUCAAGUGCUUACGUCUUAAAGUGUUACGACGUUGGCAUGAAAAAAUUCAAUCAAGCUCAAGUCCAAAAUCCAAUUUGAGUGAUAAAGCCAAUCGAUAAAUCGAAAAGAGGCGUAAUUCUGAUCGCCCAAAGGAAAAAUCAACAAUAUUGUGUAAUUAUAAAAUGAAUUGGCAGUAUAUUUUAUCACUUCGUAUCGUGGCUAUGAUAUCUCAUAAAUUUUUCGACGUCAGGACAAAACAAUCGUUGAAUGUUGAAAAAAUAAUAAUAAUUAAAAUAUGUCGUGAAUCCGAACGACUUAGUGUAAUUGCAAACGAUUUAAAUACGAACCAGCACACAAAUCCUAAACAUUUUUUUCUGUUUUAUUGUUUCGCUGUACACUGACAGCGAUGUGGGUGAAAUCGAAAAUAUCAAGUUUCCCUUCUCAAAAUUAUCUCAAGUUACGAGAUAUCGAAAAUUAAUUAACAAAAUAUGGAGGGAUGGACCCGUGUUCCAGCAACUACGAAAUUGAUCUCACUCGCCCACAUGAAAUUCGACGAAUGUGAUGUUAAUUUCCUGAAAAUAUUAACGUUCGUCAUGUAAUUUUAUUUUAUUACAUUAUAUUCGAUCGGUUGUAGUCCAACGAGCAAGUGCACUCGAAUUAAUAACAUUCAACAAAUGCGCAGCAUCAGAAUGAGUACCGAGUCGUGAGUACUCUUAUUUUUGCUGCGUGUCCAAUGGACAUGAAAAGGCCAUGAGUUUGGUUACAGAUUCCCUCUUGAAUCAACAAUUUAUACGAGCACUCGAAUUAUCGUCAGUUCCACUCUGACGCGAGUCCUAUGUUGUAAGACAUCGAAUAAAUUCCAAUUUUGUCGCUGAGUAGAAGUCGUUAAUCACAUAUCGACACAUUUUUAAUUCAGUACCAUAGAUAUUUUCGGAAAAAAUUAAUGAGCAUAAAAAAGUGAACUGCUCGAUGAAAUCUUCUAGAGUAUCGUAUUUCAGUUUACACACCUGAAUUGCAUACUUCAUCAAUUUAUUUCUGGAAAACUUGAUGUCGUAACGAAACGAGGGUUCAGCUUGCUGAAAUUUUGUUGAAAGUGCCAUUAACAACAAGGACUAACAAUUCUCAUAGGUCGACCUUAAACUCCGUGGAAGAUAAAACUUUCGAAUUUAAAUACGUUCUGUUUCCACACCCUACCAUAUGCCGCCCCCGAAUAUAAAGAAAUUGUAUUUUUACCGUGUCUUCUGUCUGGAUAUUGGAAAUCUUUGUCGCACAGAAUUUCCAUACAUUUCGUUUCUGUACCUAAAAUAAAGCAAGCAACACGUGGAAAUCGUCUGUUUGGGGCUGUUUGACGACGAGAGACCUUAAUAAAUAAGAAAAAACUAAUAAUCCUGAUGUCGUCACCCACGCGGAAAUGAAUUUUUUGUCAUGCUUUCGAUACAUUAGUUUGCGAAUCGUCUAUGUCACGUGGGUGGUAGACACACCUCAUGUUCCUCGAAAAACACUAUCGAGCUCUACGAGACGUGCCACAAUUGCGGUGUAGCAGCUUAGCUCGGCUUCGCUACUUCGCGGAUUAACAUCGUGUGGCCACGAGUCACCUUCAUCAGAUGCAUUUCGGUUGGAAGCGCAAUCAACAAGGAAAUAAGUCUUUAGAAAAGCUUUAGACUUUGAACCCAUGAGACUUCCUCCGCGCUUUCACGUACUGACGUAAGAACGACGACUUAUGUGGUACUUCAAAUGAGAGCAUCCACGACAGAGCCCCAAAGUAAGCUGAGGGAUAAUGCAAGAAUAUUAUAGUCUUACGUUAAUGUUUGUCCAAACUUCGAGCUCUUUUCUUCGACCUUGAACAUGUGCGCGUACACGAAAGUGGUUGUGAUCAUAAAAGAGGAGAAGUUAUGCUAACGACUCAAAUAAGUGACUGUUUUCGGAGGCUGGGAAAGUUGAGAAUUUUUUUUUGUUGAUUCUCUUGUAUUUGGGGUUACUAAAUAAUCAUUUUAUUAGGUGAUAUAAUUAUGAUUCGUCGAAAAACUGAUGUUUUUUAUCAGAAAAAAAUGCAUCGUCCAUUUAAUCUUGCCUGUGAUGGUUGCUCACUACAAAGUGAGUGUAUUUCAUGAGAAGCUCCAUUUCUGUAACUAACUUGAUGGAAUUUCAAGUAAAUCGUCUUAUAUAUUAAGUCGGAGUCUCCUUCUAUGUGCACAAUCUUGCGAAUGCAAUUAGUUUUGCAAUCAAACUCUUCCCUUUGAUUUUAUAAACCGAGGUAUUUACAAAGAAUUCGUAAGUUAGUUUUUCCCCAUUAUAAAGAUCAAAGGAAAAACCUUCGAGUUGUGACCAAUUUAGAAGAAAAAUGAUCCUCCAGUUAUAGUAAAACUAAAGUCCUCAUAGAGCUUCGAGCUUUUCAAAUUAUAGUUGAAUGAGCCUCGGACAACGUAUCGACACAUUUAACGAGAAACAUUAACGACUGGACCCUAAGUUCGAUUAAAUCUUGUACAAUAGAAAUUUCGAAAUUCUUUCCAUGCAGCUAUGGGCAGGGUCAAUGAGACUGAGAGGCGUUCAUUAAUGCCAGUGAUCGUUUUUUUUUCGUGAAAUAAAACGCACAAACCUCAAAUUUUUACUUUCCAACCCAUGUUUGAUGAAUAAUGAACGAAAUAAUAUCGCGAGACGUCGCUUUUCCCAUUAGCGCGUGCGAAAUCGUAGAUAAGAUUUUACGUUUAACGUUGCCAUGACUCCUACUCACCUGUGGGAUCCGACGGAGUUCACAAACUUGCUGUAGCAACACUGGAAGGCUCAAAAGCGUAGCGGCAAUUUACGGCAAUACGUGUAAGGAUUUUGAUUUCGAGGAUUAAGAAGCAAUGAUGAGGGUCAAGAUCGGGAUCGAGAUUACGAUCAAUGUGGAGGUAGAGCAGGUCAGUUGUUAAACUUCGAGAUUAAUGGAGCGAUGGAUAGAGAGCGCUAAAGAUUUUUUUAUCGUAUACCGAUUUAUAGCAAAACUUUGAGAUAAAUGUCGUAGAGGUGACCACUCUGGACCACACGAUGAGAAAUGGCUCACAAGCAAGACAAAAGUAGCGAGAUCAGAUGUAUACAGGGAAGUCCGGUUCUUGAGGCUUUUUGCACCAAAUUUAGGGGGCGGGGGGAGUGUCCCCAGCAUUAAUUCGUGGUUAAUGGCACUGGCAGUGAAUUUUUCUCUCUCUUUCUCCUGUACACCUCUCUAGAUAAUGGAGGCGGGUGUUUCUAUUGUUGGUGAAAAUAUUAUAGCACUCAGAAUGCACUGAGAGAAAAAUAUACUAUUUCUAACUAUAUUUUCACUGUGUAACAUCGAAAAAACACAGUCACAGUUACGAUAAUUCUAUGGUAGCAUAAAUGAUGUUUAAAUGGUGGGAACAGCAAACAAUCACAUAAACACACGUUAAGUGAGCAUAAUUAACGGACUUAGUUCAUUUUACCAAAAAAGUUUGUCCUGUAUUGCAUGAUAUUUAGAUGGAAUCUUACAAUCAAUAAGGUAUGAGCUCUUUAGAGCCCGAUAGACACCUUUCGCAUGUACUCUUUUCUACGGGAUUAUUCACUAUAAAAAGUCACGUUCGAACAAAUUAAUUUUGCAAAACUAAUAGCGAAUUCGCUAUGAGUAACCCAAAAAUCUUGGACAUGGUGUGCAACUUAUAUGUCAACUCUAAAAUAAUCGUUCUCGUAACAAAAUUUAAAUAUCCUGAAAACUCAACAUUUUGUUUAAGCAAUUUUACCGUUUAUUUAAAGCAAAAGCAUCGAGAAGUCGAUUUAUGCGCUUUAUCGUUGGAAAAUAAUAUGAUACGGCUUCCGAAUCGUGGAUUAAACAAAAAUGAACCUCAAAAAUUGCUACUUUUCUGCUUUAUUUUGCAAAAACCCAAUAAAACAAGGGUUUCAGUUAAACUUUAAUGGCACGAUUGAAAAAAGCGACCUAAAAAAUAGUCGACAAGGUAGCUUACGAAUUUUUCCAAUGGCUUUUUCAUAGCGAAUAAUCCCCUAGAAAAGGGUACAUGCGAAAGGUUCUUUCGGGCGUUGAAGGGUUAAUCGUAUAUAAGUAGCCAUUUUGGUAUUUUUUACUAAACGAAUACCAAUAGGUAUUAUGCAUAUGAUGAAAGAUUGAGAACAAAAAAUAUGUUUUACCGAACUAUAUUUGAGUUAUCGUACACCAUGCGUUUAUGGGAAUUACUUCUUGCCUGUAAUGCUCCGCACACAAUAUGAGUUAUGUUAAAUUUUUGACAAUACUUAAUAGCAUUUUUUCAAAUAGUUUAUUGUUAUACACACUAUGGAAAUGAAUGUUCAACUGGACAUUGCAAUUAUAGUCUAUUCAACAGCAAAAUAGUUAUCUCGUCAAUAUGUUUUAACAUCUUUUACCCAUUUUACCCAUUUUACGAUAGUCGUUUAGUAAAACCUACCAUGGACGUUGUUCUCUGUGUGAAAGACUUUUUGAGGAUAGUAAUGAUAGCACAAAUGAAAGUCUCCAAAAAAUUGUAAUCUGAGUUCGUUUACGAGAGGCUCUUAGACGACUUGGUUAUAAUUUUUUUUCAUGAAAAUCAAAUGAGCUCGAAACAGGGACCUUUUUCUUGAUCGCAGAAUAGACGAAGUCAAGCAUUGAAAAAGUUUAUGUGCUGACGGUUCAUAAGGAUGCGAGUUCAUGGGUAGACUAGAAGAUGUUUAGAGCUGAUCCCGGACUGACGAAAAUGAUAAGUGAAUUCUAUUCCGCUCCAGUAAAACAUGAAGCUUUUCAAUUUAACAUACGGAUAUAUAUUUUUUCAACAAUAUAUUUGGAAAUGAUCUUAGCAUAACUUCAUUUUCGUUGGAAACGAGCGUAUCGAUCUAAAGAAUGGUAUCUCUAGAGAAUUUGGAUGUAAGAAAUUGAAAAGGAAUGAAGACACUUGACAGAUUAUAUUUUUGUACUGUAUAUACUUAUUUUUUCAUCGAAAAAUGUAAAUUUUUUAUGACAAAUUAGUUGGAGUUUCAGCAAAAUUAACAGGAUAUGGAACGGUUGUCGUUUUUGGGGCUGUGAACCGAAUUGUGGAAAAUCGAAUUGACGCACGCGUUAUUAAAAUGAACAGACACAAUGUUUAGAUUUGAAAUUUUUGAAUUAAAUGUAAAAUAGUUAUAAAUAUAUUCAACUGUUAGUAGAACGAUGAAAAAAAUCUUCGAUGUUUGAAAUAAUAAUAUUUAUCGUAUCUAUGGAAUGUGAUAGUUUGAAAGAAAUUUUAUUCAUGUCUAGCUUGAAUUUGUGUCAAACCGAUAACAAGGUUCAUUAGUGUAUAUUUAUCGAAUAAGUAAAUCAAAUUGUAUAAUGCAUCAAGUAUUAGUGUACUCUUCGACAAUUGAUGUACUUAAGCCUAUGGAGCUUUGUAUUAUUUCGUUAAAUGACUUGAUACCAGGAACUGUAUGCUUCGAACGGUGUGAAAUCUCCGUAAGUUAAGAUAAAGAAAACCUCAAUAAGGUGGAAAGAUAUUUGACUGACUCAUUUAUAAGGUUGCUAUGUCCAUUGUGUUACAUUAUUCGGUAAACUAAUAAUAAAUAAUUUAUAAAUAAAGUUAGGUCAUUAUUAGAGAGUAAAAAACGAAUAGAGUUGCGUUUUUCUAAUUUUACGUAUUUUAAGAACAUUUUUCGAACUUCAAAAUUUGUACGAGCAGCAUCGUUGCCAAAAAUUAAAUCAAAUCCUUUUCUUACGAGGGCAUGAAAUACCAAUGUAAGUAACACUUCCUUUCACUACGAAAAUAGUUAUCAAAAAUUUCGAUUCAAUUCAUUCCACGCGACUAUUUUUGAUCUGGUGCCGGCGAAUAUUAAAAAAAUCCAUGGAUCAAUUCAAUUUUUUUUGCACGCGUAUUUCCCAUUGCAGUGUUUGAUAAAUGUAAGUCAAUAAACUGAGCCUGUUCCUACUGGAUUUCAACAUUGCAUUCCAAAAUUGAAGAGCGUUCAUACAUCAACGAUUAUAUAAAAAUAAACAAAAAACGUUCCGAAUUUUUUCUCUUUGACGAAAUGAUAAAAAUGUUGGAGCAAAAUGACCGGCGGCAAUGAUAGAUGUUAUACGUUUCAAAAAAUAUUACAUUUUAUUCGAAAAAACUGAAAAAAUUGUUUCCUCACGUGAAAACUCAUUUCAUUAAAACAUUUUUUCCUUUUUCCAUACAGAAUGGUAUUAUAAAGUCGAAUGUACCCUCAAUAAAGAAUCCUCCAACCAAA